CCGUGGACACGCUCGUGUUCUGCGGGAUUCCGCGCUGGACCACUCGUCUCUCGCGCAGCCGACUGGGCCAAUCCGCUCGCUGGUCGCCGAUCGCUGCAUUGGCGCGCUUCACCUCUCUCCGCAGAAACGAGGCGUGCGUUGGCUUUACUCACUUCCUCCCGCUGCUGCUUCCUUUCUACCUCGCACCCAUCCACCACCACGCCCAUCGCCAUCUUCAUCGCCUUUGUAUACUUUCCACGCCCACAGCAACAGGGCCUUUGCACCACGACACUUGACGUCGCUUUGGAAAACUCUGAUCCGCUUUUCGGCUGCCAGGUGCCGCCAGAUCGCGGUUCCCGAUCCGACCACUGGACUCAUCGGCCGUCUCUCUUUCCAUGACCGACUGCUUGGACUCCACACUCAGCGUUGCACACCCCGCGGAAUGGCAGACGAGGCAUUGAAUUGCUUUACGUCGUUAUUGGAGAAUGUCCCGGGUUGGAUAGCGGACUUGGAGAGCAUUUUGCAGUCCGCAAAGGAUACACAGCAGGAGAUAUUGUAUGCCACCAGGGCCGUCACAGAGGGCAACGUUCCUUCACGAAAUGAUUCGAAGUCGCCGUCCCUCAAGUCAACAUCAUCCAAGGAUAGAAAUGGUCGACUGCGCCCGGCUCUGAAGCAUCUUACGAACUCGGACGCUCUACGACUCUCCCAGCGAAAACGCAAGACGGCAUCGGUUGCAUCUGGAGAUGGAUCCGGCCCAUGCAAGUUUCGCGCGAGGGCAGAAGUUGUCGUCUACUAUGAUGGAGACACACAGAAGCGAUUUGAGCAACUCGUCCGUGCGAUCAGCAGCUCGAGGAAUGCCAUUCGCAAGGGCAAGAUGAGCGCAAAGGUGGAUGCGCUGAGUCGCUCUGGGUCCAGCAGCAGUGACUCCAGCUUCCUCAGUGGUGGUGAGGACAUGGAACACAACCGCAUCAUCUCCGACUUUAAGUAUCAGACAAGUCGGUCUCGGCUACCAGCCUUCGGCAGGAACGAUGGCACCGAGGCCUUUGAUAAAGUUGACGGUCGUUUGGAGAAGGCGCAGUCACUCUGUGAGCGUGCUGCCCACCAGAUUCUCCGGGACGGAGACUGCACCACGGAACUCAAGCAAGCUAAAGAACACUUCUCUGAAGCCUUGCAAAUGGCGACCCAGGAAUUACCCGCUCUCCGCAAGAAGGCUGAAAAGGCAGCUGAACGUCGUCGACGUAGUGAAGAGCGACAUUGUCUUGAUGAAGAAGCAGAGGCUGCUCUCAAGAAGCUACCACCUGACGCCGCCCUUAACAAAAGGGUGCACGAUCUUGCCGCCGAUAUCUCGGUGCCCAGCGAUGGUGACCUCGAAGUCGACGUGUUAGAAGUUGACGAUGAAUCGUCCUCUGACGGCGAGGACUUCAACGUCUCUUCAUUCCAAUUCCAAAAAGCGGGAGGGAGGUUCGCGCCUCAAAUGCGAACAUCACGGCUCGCCGCCCGCUGAUAUUUCUUUUAAUGUUGAUGAAAAUUCCCAAGAUGUGCGGACAUGGCGCGUUCAAGCGGUAUUCUAGGCCUUUCUUUUGGAUCUUUUCUCUCAUAGUUGUCAAUGUAUGGAAGCGAAGGAGUCUAGGGUAUAGCAGUUCAGCUGGCGUGCUGAGUGGAUGAAGGGGGCGAUGAUAUGCGGUGCGAAGGGUUUCGCGGCACGCUCACUGCGGGUUCUCUUAUUUUGUAGAUAUGCAACUCAAUACCAUGGUUGCUCGUAAUACACGUCUUCUUUCUCUUGUCGCCA